AUGGCCAGAUCCUGGGCCGUGAGUCGGGCCACAGCCGACAGAUUGGUCACUCCCGACUGCUCGAAGUNCUGUAGUGACUGUCCGGAGAUGUUAUACGAUAAGCUAAUAAUGGACUGUUGGCAAAAGGAUCGCAACCUGAGGCCCACAUUCCCUCAAAUUGUUAAAACAUUAGAUAAACUAAUUAAAUGUCCCGAGAAUUUGCAAAAACUCUGCAAAACAACGAGGUUAACUCUGGACCCGUUUGGUGAGCCCAACACUAUGUGUAUACCCGAUGUCAUC